UAAGACUCCCAUGCAAGAUGUACAGGUAACCGGAGUCACGUCUGCAGAUCGAGACAUCCAUGUGCGGUGAUGCCUCAGUUCUGUAACACCCUAAAAGUGGUUUAACUCUGCUUGACAUUCCGAUGGCAAGUAUGCCUGCGAUCUCUCCGGCAGGGUUUUCUUCUGCACUCGCCGUAGCGAAUCUAAUACCCACCACAGGUGUGGAUACCUGGCUGAACUCUAUCCUUCCAAUGUCCGAGCAGAGCAAUCUUUUGCCAACAAGUUUACCAAUUUUACCAACGAGUCUGCCUUCAUUGAUUCCGUCGCCUAGCGCGGUGACUAGUCAUCCAUUCACUAUUCCACCGCUAAGCCAGAUGCCAUGGUCGAGAUCUUCAACGAGCUUGCUUGGGACCUCUGCUCCAAUUUCACGUGAAUCCCAAAGUCAAAGUCAGUCUGCGCCUACAACAGGAAGCUCCCAUCAAACCUCAUCUUAUCAAACUUCAUCCUCCGCUCCUUCUGGAACGGUUGUAACCACCACCCAUUCCAUUUCAACUACGAAGUAUGUUACAUCCACCACGAAGUCAGUUCCCAGCAGUCACACGCACUCUGGAUACUCAAGUACCUCACAAACCGCCUCCACUACGCCACAUACUACGAUACCGAUAACAUCAACUACCACUCAUCCUCUCACGUUACCGGGCACCCUCCCCAGCUCCUCGCAUAUACCCGAACAAUCGUCUUUGGUGCCUGUGUAUUCCUCCACAUUGUCUUCUGUUUCCCCAACCUCAAUGGUCGCGUCAUCCUCAACGACCAGCGAUAGUACAUUUAUUAUAGGUAGCUCUGUCGGAGCAGCGGCUACCCUUUGUUCUAUUGCCAUCGUCGCCCUCCUCUUCCAUCUGCGUUCACGUAGGCGACAUUCCGAAUCCCGUGCCAGCCUCGACGCGAAUCAGGACGAUAAGUUUUGGACCUGGAGGGAUCGAGGUGGAUAUGGCCAAAGACAAACCUAUAGUCCAAACGAGAGUAGUGUCAACAUGAUGGUAGGCGCAGGCGAGCUCGGCUCCUUGACCGAAAAUGCAGAUGUGCCGAGUAGGCAGAGGACACCUGAUAGUUUUGCCACCGACUCCGAGGUCGGUGUCUGGCCAGAGGAAGACCGUUCCGCAAUCGCGAGACUUACACGGUCCAGAGAGCUCGAGAAAAUAUAUCCUGGACUAUACAAACCUACAGGAGCAACGCCAAAGCAAAAAAGAGAACAAGGAGGACGUGAGAACCGUGGAAAGAGAGACAACCGUGGAGUGGAUGAAUGCGAACAUCCUCCUGAAUCUCACCGUGAGCGGGCGGCCAGUGCAAAAUCCGAAUCCUCCAGGUGGUCCGUACGCAAUCGUCUCAUCCCACCGGACUUCCAGAUGGGGUUGUCUCGUAAUUGGGCGAACGAGGUCAUGACGCUGUUCACCAACAAGGUUAAAAUGGGGACGGGUGUGGUUCAUGAGGGGCGGAUAUCGUUGUCGUCGAUGGAGCCGUCGGUGCUGCACAAUCCAUCCAGAAGGUGUAGCACGACUGCAUCACGUAGCAAUGUGUCGAACAAGGCUCAGCCGAAGUCCGUUGGUGCAGUAUCUAGCUGAUUUUUGGAUAAGGAUAAUAUUUUGAACGGACUUCGUACCAUACGAACACGUUGCUUGUUUUUACGUAUACCUACUAUGGCGAUACCUUGGAUCUUAUGCAAAACGUAGAUACCGACGAUUCUCCUCAAAAUUCUCGCAUAGCACCGUUUAUAUCGUCUUUUGUG